GUCAGUGUCCGUUCGAAACAGUUCCCGUAUCGGUCACGUGACUUUCUUAAAGCGAUACGCGCACCGACACGGGGUUUCGUUCUAUGAGCUCGACGCAUGCGUCGACGCAUCGGUGUUGCCGGACCCAUCACUAGUUAAGGGAACCCAGUGGUUUGAGAAUGACAGGAUUACAGCUACUUCCAGAGCAAAUUGGAUCGUCUCUCUUUGCCAGCUCGGAGGGCUCAGGCCUGUUCAUCGGUCUGGCUGGGACCGGAGCUGCAGGAGGCAUCGCCGUCGCUGGCUUUGAAUGGAACGCCACCUAUGUGCUGCUGGCUCUGGCCUGGAUAUUUGUGCCUGUGUACAUCUCUUCUGGGAUUGUGACGAUGCCAGAGUACCUGGGCCGUCGUUUCGGAGGAGAGAGGAUCCGGACCUACCUGGCAGUCCUCUCACUGCUGCUAUCGGUCUUCACGAAGAUCUCAACUGACCUCUACUCCGGAGCCUUGUUUGUUCAGGUGUGUCUGGGAUGGAACCUGUACCUGUCCACUGUCCUCAUGCUGGUCGUCACCGCUCUCUACACUAUAGCCGGUGGUCUUGCAGCUGUCAUCUACACAGACACACUACAAACCUUCAUCAUGAUUGUGGGUGCCAUUAUCCUGACAAUUACUGCUUUCAACGAGAUUGGGGGCUACAGCAACCUGGAGCAUGUGUACAGCAUAGCAGUGCCCAGUAAGAUCAUUCCCAACAGUACGUGCCACCUCCCGCGGCAGGACGCCAUGCACCUGUUCAGGGACGCCGUCACCGGAGACCUGCCCUGGCCUGGGAUGACGCUGGGGCUCACCAUCCUCGCCACCUGGUACUGGUGCACCGACCAGGUUAUUGUACAACGAUCCCUAUCAGCCAAAAACAUGAGUCACGUGAAAGGAGCGUCCAUCUUUGCAGCCUAUCUGAAGAUGCUGCCCUUCAUCUUCAUCAUCCUCCCUGGCAUGAUCAGCAGAGCCCUCUACCCAGACUCUGUCGGAUGUGUCGACCCGGAGGAGUGUGUGCGUGUGUGCGGGGCGGAAGUGGGAUGCUCCAACAUCGCUUUUCCCAAACUGGUCAUUGAGUUGAUGCCGAGUGGUUUGCGAGGCCUCAUGAUCGCAGUGAUGAUGGCGGCUCUGAUGUCUUCGCUGACCUCCAUCUUCAACAGCAGCUCCACGCUCUUCACCAUGGACAUCUGGAAGAAACACCGGCCGCGAGCUUCCGAGAAGGAACUGCUGCUGGUCGGAAGGAUUGUGACUGUGAUCUUGGUGGUUGUGAGCGUCGUCUGGAUCCCCAUCCUUCAGUCGGCAAACAGUGGACAGCUCUACGUUUACAUCCAGUCGGUGACGAGCUACCUGGCUCCACCCGUCACUGCUGUCUUCACGCUGGCUGUCUUCUGGAAAAGGACCAAUGAGCAGGGUGCAUUCUGGGGCCUGAUGGUGGGCCUGGUGGUGGGCGUGUGCAGGAUGGUGCUGGAGUUUGCCUUCCCCCCUCCCAGAUGUGGCGUUCUGGAUUCGGCACCGAUGGUGCUGCGCGGCGUCCACUACCUCCACUUCGCCAUUCUGCUCUGUGGCCUCACUGCUAUUGUGGUUACCGUCGUGUCUCUGCUCACACCCCCGCCCAGCCAGGAGCAGGUGUGUAACCUGACCUGGUGGACAAUAACAGAGGAGCCGCAGAGAGACAUUUCUCUGCAAAAAGUGUCCUCGGUCAGCCAUCGCAGCUCUCAGGGUUCAGAGCCACCCCGGCGGAUGACCUGUGCUCAGGGAGCGGGUUUGUGCAUCUCAGCUAUGCGGCGGUCAGAGGAGACUCCGCCUCCCAGAGUUCCCACCAUCAGAGAGAGCGUCUUCUGGUCCAGGUUCUGCUGCUUCAACGCAAUUCUCCUCGUCAGCAUUAACAUUUUUCUCUACGCGUACUUUGCCUGAGCGAAGGAUCAGAUUUUAACAUCCUGCCGCGCCUUCGUGGUGAACUCGCGUCGCUCCCACAUGAACAGGAAACUCCACUGAAUCUUUUCACCACGCAUCAGGGUGGGAAAACACACGGAUUGUUGAAACUGAAGGGGCCUCGUGUUUUCAGUAGUAUCCACAAUUAAAAUUACAAAAUAGGAGUACACAACUCUGCUGAUUCUGCUCAAAUCUUUGAAUUACUAGUGUUACAUUUCAUCAUGUACAUUUGCAUUUAAAUCUUUAUGUACGUCUCAAUAUUAUGAUUUAACAGUAGGGUAUGGAUGUUAGACUUAUACAUGUUAGAUUUAAUACUUUACUUACAUUCAGGGGAUUGAGGCCAUGAAAACAGAAACUGAUCGUCUCAAACCGAUCUGAGCCUUCUUCUUGGGACACGUAACGAAAGGUAUUUGCUGAUGUAGGAAGAUGUUGCAGUAAAAGCUUGUUUCAACACAUAAAAUGACCAUAUAAUCAGGACCAGAGAUACAGGUCGCUUGUAUUGUUACAUAAGCAGUUUUGAACAGUUCAUAGGAAAAGGGAACUAUGAGAAAAACACAGAAUCAUCCAUCAUGACGUCUCCCCUUUGUGUACUUUUCAUUAAGACAGUGUCUCAUUUAUACAACCGUGCAAAGGCUCUUCGUUCUGUAAUGGCAUUCAGUGUGAGAUAUUAUCAAUUUCAGUGAAGCAGCAUGCAAGUGUCACUCUCCAAGUUUAGUUCAGUUUUUAUUUAGCACCACAAAGUUGCAGUUAGUUUCUGACCCUCUAAGCCAAAGGGCACCACUUAUUGCUUUGGACUGAAAGAUUGAUUAAAAUUGUAUGUAAAAAAAAAUCUUUUUGACGACACUGUUUCCCAUCUCAGCCGCUGUCCUGCGUGUGAUAUAACUCCAAGGAAGGAGGUGGGAAACACUGCUGAUCUGUGUGUUUUAGCUUGUUUUUGACUUUUAAUGUAGAGAUUUGAGUCAAGAUGAUAUUGUUGAUAUUCACUGUGUAUGUAAGACAGGGAUGUGUUCUUGUGCUCGUUCAUGACUUUAUGAAUAUAAAUCAGUUUCUCAAGCUUUCCUCCUCAGUGAGUGAAUUAAAGUGCUCAUUUUCUAGGAGUUCCCGACGUUACAUGAAUGCAUCACACGCGGCUUACUUCAUAUUAUAAGUGCAGCUCAGAAUCCAUAACAAUAACCCAUUUUUGUGUGUGUGCGUGUGUAUCAGCCUUACUUCAUGUUCUUUUAGACUUUUUGAGAAAUGCUUGUCUAUAAACUGCUCUAAAGCGUCCACAAAUGAAUGCACAGUGUAUUAUUUUUUUAUAACCAGAUAAAAUCUCUUUAUUCAGCUGCUGUGCAAUUGAGGUACAUUCAAAAACAGAAGGUUGAGGAGUAAACACAAGAUUGUAAAACAAA